CCGCCGCCGCCCGGCCUGUCUGUCGGUCAGUCAGUCAGUUACGGAGCGCGCGGCUCUGGAGCUGCGGGCUCUCGCUACAGCUCCAGAGAAGGAGGCGGAGGCAGAGGCGGCGGGAGGAGCGCGAGCAGCGGCUUCCCUGCCCGGGGAAGACAGAGCGGCCGCCGCGAUGGAACAAUUAUCAGAUGAAGAAAUUGACCAUGGUGCUGAAGAAGACAGUGACAAGGAAGAUCAAGACCUAGACAAAAUGUUUGGAGCCUGGCUUGGAGAACUGGACAAACUAACUCAGAGUUUGGAUUCUGACAAGCCCACAGAACCAGUAAAAAGAUCUCCUCUUCGCCAGGAAACAAACAUGGCCAAUUUUUCUUAUCGUUUCUCCAUAUACAACUUGAAUGAAGCUCUCAAUCAGGGAGAGACUGUGGAUCUGGAUGCCCUGAUGGCUGAUCUUUGCUCUAUUGAGCAGGAGCUCAGUAGUAUUGGUUCAGGAAGUAGUAAGCGUCCAAUCACAGAAUCAAAAACUACUCAGAAAUUACCUGCCAGCCGACAUACAUCAAAACAUGGCACUUUGAAAGGAUUAUCAUCUUCAUCUAAUAGGAUACCUAAACCCUCCCCUGCUAACUACUCUCUGGAUGACAUCACCGCACAAUUAGAACAGGCCUCCCUGAGCAUGGAUGAGGCUGCUCAGCAAUCUGUACUAGAAGAUACGAAGCCUUUAGUAACUAAUCAGCACAGAAGAACCGCAUCAGCAGGCACAGUGAGUGACGCUGAAGUACGCUCCAUUAGUAACUCCUCUCGUUCUAGCAUUACUUCUGCAGCCUCCAGUAUGGAUUCUUUGGAUAUUGAUAAAGUGACACGCCCUCAAGAACUGGAUUUGACAUACCAGGGGCAGCCAAUUACUGAGGAAGAACAGGCAGCAAAAUUGAAAGCUGAGAAGAUCAGAGUUGCCUUAGAGAAAAUUAAAGAGGCGCAAGUGAAAAAGCUGGUGAUUAGGGUCCACAUGUCUGAUGAUAGUUCUAAAACAAUGAUGGUGGAUGAGAGGCAAACUGUGAGACAAGUGCUGGAUAACCUGAUGGACAAAUCCCACUGUGGUUACAGUUUAGACUGGUCACUUGUAGAAACCAUUUCUGAGUUACAAAUGGAGAGAAUCUUUGAAGACCAUGAAAACUUGGUUGAAAAUCUUCUCAAUUGGACAAGAGAUAGCCAGAACAAGCUUAUAUUUAUGGAACGUAUAGAAAAAUACGCACUUUUCAAAAACCCACAGAAUUAUCUUCUAGGGAAAAAGGAAACAGCUGAGAUGGCAGAUAGAAAUAAAGAGGUGCUGUUGGAGGAAUGUUUUUGUGGAAGUUCUGUAACUGUACCAGAAAUUGAAGGAGUCCUUUGGUUGAAAGAUGAUGGCAAGAAGUCUUGGAAAAAGCGUUACUUUCUUUUGAGAGCAUCUGGUAUCUACUAUGUUCCCAAAGGAAAAGCCAAGGUCUCUCGGGAUCUGGUGUGCUUUCUCCAGCUGGAUCAUGUCAAUGUUUAUUAUGGCCAGGACUAUCGGAACAAAUACAAAGCACCUACAGACUACUGUCUGGUGCUAAAGCAUCCACAGAUCCAGAAGAAAUCUCAGUAUAUCAAAUAUCUUUGUUGUGAUGAUGUGAGGACUCUACAUCAGUGGGUCAAUGGGAUCCGCAUCGCAAAGUAUGGGAAGCAGCUCUACAUGAAUUAUCAAGAAGCCUGGAAGAGAACAGAGUCAGCUUAUGAUUGGACUUCUUUAUCCAGCUCCAGCAUCAAAUCAGGAUCCAGUUCUUCCAGCAUCCCAGAAUCCCAGUCAAAUCACUCAAGCCAGUCUGAUAGUGGAGUUUCUGACACACAACCAGCAGGACAUGUCCGUUCUCAGAGCACUGUCAGCUCCAUCUUCUCUGAAGCCUGGAAACGAGGCACUCAGUUGGAAGAGUCCAGUAAGGCCAGAAUGGAACCUAUGAAUCGGCCCUACACAUCACUUAUGCCCCCCCCAUCCCCACAAACUAAGAUCGUCACCCCCUACACCGCUUCACAACCUUCACCCCCUCUGCCUCCUCCUCCACCCCCGCCCCCUCCUCCCCCUCCUCCCCCGCCCCCACCUCCUCCCCCUCUCCCCAGCCAGUCAGCACCUUCUGCAGGCUCCGCAGCCACCAUGUUUGUGAAGUACAGCACAAUUACCAGGCUGCAGAACGCAGCUCAGCAUUCAGGACCCCUCUUUAAGUCUUCACCACCCACAAUGAUGCACCCUCUGCCCUUGGCCUCACAGUCAGUGAAGCCGCAGAUCCUGGUGCCCCCCAAUGGAGUUGUCCCCCCACCUCCUCCCCCUCCGCCACCCCCAAUCCCUGGCUCAGCCAUGGCCCAAUUAAAGCCGGCUCCCUGUGCCCCGUCCCUUCCGCAGUUCAGCCCCCCUCCUCCUCCACUGAAGAUUCAUCAAGUGCAGCACGUCCCUCAGCCCGCUCCUCCCACGCCCCCAGCCGCCCCUCCCAUCCCUGCAGCCCUGCCCCCUGAAGCCCCCCCCAAACCACCCGCCAGCGCCAAGACUGUGACACAAGCGGCACCACCUGCCCCUGCUCCUCCAGUGCCCUCCGCAAAAAAACAACCAGCCUUCCCGGUCUCUCCCAUCCCACCCGCUCCGCCUGCCCCGGGGCCCCCGCCCACGCUCCCCAAGCAGCAGAGCUUGUGCGGGAAGCCCCCUCCGUCCCCGCUGUCCCCCGUGCCCUCAGUGGUGAAGCAGUUGGUCAGCCACUUCCCGCCCCCUCCCACCCCACCGCCUCUGGACUCGCAGUCCCCAAAGCCUGUUCCAGCAAACAUUGCCCCUCAGUCCCCUCCAGCUGUGAAAGCAAAACCCAAGUGGCAGCCCAGUUCCAUCCCGGCCCCGUCUCCUGAUUUCCCUCCUCCCCCUCCGGAGAGCAGCCUGGUGUUUCCCCCGCCACCUCCGCCAGCCCCCGUCGCACCGCCAGUGCCCCCAGCAGCUUCUCCUACACCCGAUAAAGGUGGAUCUCCAGGCAAAAAGCCCAGUAAGAUGUCCAGCCCCGGGGGAAAGAAACCGCCCCCUACCCCUCAGCGCAACUCCAGUAUUAAGUCCAGCAGUUGUCCAGAGUCCCCCGCCCCCGAGCCCAAGAGGCCCUCGGUGGACAGUCUAGUGAGCAAGUUCACACCGCCGGCGGAAUCAGGGUCUCCCAGCAAGGAGACCCCUCCACCUGCGGCGCCCCCAAAGCCUGGCAAACUGCACCUUUCCGGAGUCCACCUCCCCGGCCUUCUGCAGCAAGGGAGCGUGGCGGCUAAAGCCUCGGCCCUGAGCGGCCGUGGAAAGGACCCCGUGGUGGAAUUCCCUUCUCCUCCCUCCGAUUCUGACUUCCCACCCCCUCCACCGGAAAUAGAGCUUCCGCUGCCGCCCAUCGAGAUUCCAGCAGUAUUCUCUGCAACCACCUCUCCAAAAGUGGCAGUCGUUAACCCUCAACCACAGCCCUGGUCCAAAACGUCAGUGAAGAAGGCCCCCCCACCCACGCGACCCAAACGCAACGACAGCACCCGCCUCACUCAUGCCGAGGUCCCCGAGCCGCCAGCCACUGCCGCAGUCGUGCCACAAGUGCCCACCUCUCCCAAAUCCAGCCUUAGCGUCCAGCCUGGAUUCCUGGCUGACCUCAACAGGACAUUGCAACGCAAGUCUAUCACCCGGCACGGCUCACUGUCCUCCUCCCGCAUGUCCCGAGCGGAGCCCACAGCCACCAUGGACGACAUGGCAUUGCCACCACCGCCCCCGGAACUGCUCUCUGAUCAACAGAAGGCUGCUUUCGGAGGCAGUCAUAUUUCAGGCUAUGCAACAUUGCGGAGGGGACCACCUCCCGCUCCCCCUAAAAGAGACCAGAACACCAAGCUCUCAAGAGACUGGUAGCCACGAGACUUACUUUCAUGGUAUCCGUAAUCACUUCUACAAUCAGCUCACCUGAUCAUGUGAAUUCAGGUGGUGUCUCCUGGUAUAAUGUUAUUCAGGUAGUGUCCAUCUAUAAAUGUGUGUACAUAAGCACGUACACGCACAGCUAUACAGAUUAUGUGUAUAUAUGUAUACAUCUAUGUAUGUGUAUAGAGAGAGAACUGAGAGUGGUUCUAUUUAUUCCUUUCCUCUCCUAAUCCGAAAAUGGCUUUUGUGUAUUUGGGGUGGAAUAGGCAUGGGAAGGAGAUGUGUUCAGUCUCUAACAAUUUGUCUAUCAUGUGGAUUGGACCAAAAACUUCUAGUUACUAUUAGAAGGUCUUUUUUAAGUGUCUGUCCAAGGUGCAGCCUAUUUGUGCAUGUUGUUACGUAAUUAAGUAGUAGAUGUAUAAUGUGCUGUUUUUCAGUGGAGAAAACCACCAGAAUGUUUGGUGUAUCUGUAGGGCUUUUGUGUUUGCUUUUUUCCCCCCCAUUUGGCUGAAGUUAGAGCUGCUUGACUGACACUUCAGUACUAUACUAUACAUUAAGGGGCACUUUAAAUCAGGAAAAUCUCCGAGUUUCAUAGAACAGGUAACUAGUGCAGGAAGGGGAAAUUUUCAGACACUAUGUGUGGCUGUACAUAGAAAAUCCAUGGUGUGACGGUGCUAGUUGCAGUGCUCCUGCAAUGAUCCUAACCACAUCUAGAGUGUUCUCGCACAGGUAAGCUCUUUGCCUGCAAUACAUGGAAACUUCAGUACUAUACUUCUGAGUCAUUUCUUUUGUGUACUGUUUUAUGAAGCUUCAUCAACUUGGCUUCAUGAGGUUUGCUUUUUAUUUAUUGUAAGAAUAUCCAGUAUAGUUACCACUAUGCACUGUCCCUGUUUGUCUUUGGGUCACAGUUCCUUCUUAGAUGUGUGUGCUUUAGGCAGAUGUUGAUACCUGUGGCAAUUGGUAUAUGAAAUAUACAUGUCCUGUGCCCAAUAUGGUGCAUCAUUACAAAGUUACUUUCUGCAAUGCCUUUGUGUGUGCGCGCACGCAUUGCUUUCUAGGAGAGGUGAGAAAGGAGAGCAAACCAGGAUCUUGUACAAGUGUUAUCCAUCAGGUUGUAUGGAGAUUAUAAUACAAAGAUUCCACUAAGUAUGGGGAUGUCAUGGCAAGAAAAUUAGGUUUUUGAUCCUUUCAUUCAUAGCUGCUGGCACCACUCCACCUUGGCUGGUUGCAGAAAUGUGUCCAGGUCUCCAUAUGUUCUGACGGAGUAGUGUCAGUCUUAAGUACUGUAAGUGACGCUACAUAUUGUGCAUGUGCAGUUUGGGAUAAGAAGGAAUGGCUGCUCUAAUGACACACUGUUUCACACUAUUAUAUGCUUUUAUUUUCUGUGACUUUUCCUUGAUACGUGAGAGAAAUUUGUUCUGUGUCAUCAAUUUAUUAUGAGGAUAAAUUGACUGUUAGGAAUAAAAUGCAAUCGUAGAGCUGCUUUAAAGCGAGAGAAUAAAAACUGACUGUCCCAGUAAUUACAAGCAAACACAUCUUGUAAUGAAGGUCUUUGCCAAUGCAAAGUACAGAAAGAGAAAGUGAUGCCAGUGAAGUGGGGCAUGGAUGAUAAAUAAGGAUAAAGCUGUACUUAGUACAAAAGGUGUCAGUCUAACCUACUCCAAAAAAGAACUACUUCAGAGAGCGAAAGUGGCACCUCUACAUCGCCACAUCUCAACGGUAUUAUUAAAUAGUCAUGUGGUUAUGGAGCAGUAAGAAUAUUUACCAUUGUGCAUUUUUUCAUAUCCUUUUUAAACCUCUCACAAAGUUUUAUAAUGCCUGACAUUCUUACACUUACAAAGUGACCUUUUAAUGUAUCUGCAGUGUUAUUUUAGGCAUGCACAGCAAUUUGGUUAACAAUUGAGAACAGAUUGCCAGGUUCCACUGGGACUCAAGAGUGAAGAAAUUUCCCCCAUCUUCUAACCUGCUGCUUUAUAUUCUAAGGGUCAUUGUAUUUGUGGGGUAAAGAUUACAAAGAACAUGGAUUCAAUUAUUAAAUAAUCAUAGCCCUACAGUUUUGGGCUUUUUUGAUCUUGUUUUGCUUUUUUAUGAAGGUAAAGAUGACUUUAAAACUUUCCUGGAGGUGGGGAACAUACCUCCCAUCUUUUUUCACCUAUGAUUAGAAACCUAAACCAAUAGCCUUGGUGGCUACUUCUGUGUGGUCUUCCUGGGGUUUCUUGCUUGUGUCCAUCUUGAACCACUCCUGAUGUAUUUUCCUGGAAGAGCAAACAUCUUUGAAUACUAGUAUUGUCAAAAGAGCAGGGCCAGAGAGGGGACCAUGUCAUCUCUACCCCCAGUGCCAUGGCUUGUCUGACAACGGGCCAUUCCCUUUCCAUUAUUCCAAACGUGGAGAUGGAUAGUAAUUAAAAUUUUUUUUAACUUGUGGAACAACUGAAAAAAAAAAACCCAAAGUGAUUCUUCAGGUUAUACUUCUAACAUUUACUCCCUAGUGGGAUUUAGUUUGAGCUUUUGUUGAAAUGUAGUUUUUGUUUUUAACCUGAGACUGUAUUUUUAUAGCUCUUUGUUCUCUGGUGUGUUUGUGGGAAAACACCUACUGCCAGACACUAGUGCUGUGCCUUCUUUCACUGCCUUCUGCUUGGCAGCUCCAGCCCCAUCUGGCUUCUGCAGCCAGCAAAGGACAUCUGGGAAGCUCAUGUGGUUGUACUGAUGAGGAAAUAGGGUGGAUGAGUCCACGCUGCUACUGAGGCAGUGCAGAUAGGUGCCUAGUAGAGGUAGUGAUUUGCUUGUUGGUGACACCCUUCCUCUUUACUACAGAUAAUUUUGAAAUUUAGUCACUCUAUGCUUAAAAGUUUCAGUACCAACUCUGAAGGGCAUCAGACCCUAUACUUGCUUAAUAAAAUAGCUUCAGGUUCAUAGGUGGUAAUAAUAAUUAGACUAUUCUGUAUUGAAUUUUACCAGCUUGGCUUUUACAACUUAAAAUAUUUAAAUACAUUUUUCUUUUCCUUAUCUGCUGUCAUUCUCACUUGGGGAAGAAAAACUAUUCUUAAGGUUUUUACAGAUACCCACUUAACUAUAAACUGAAUUUUUUAAAAUUUCUAAAACUUUUUAAAGUGAGAAGAAUGGUUGGAUCUUAAGUUACAGAAAUCUGUCUCCAUGAGAAAAUUUCAAAUGGAUGUGUUUCACAGUCCUCUAAAACCAAGGUGCUCCUGCCCACCAAUGGAGUAUGUUGCUAAGGGCUGUGAACUAUCCUGGAUCGCCUCUCUAUGUUUACCUUGUAGCUAUAAACGAUGCAGUUUGUCAAGACAGCAAAACAAAACUGAGAGCUCAUCACAUAACUGACAUAAUCCCACAAAUUUUACUUGUUUAGAUCAACUAAAACCAUGUGACUCUGUAUGACUAUAGAUAUAACUUUCUUAAAUAUAUAUAAAUAGGUCUAAUAAUUUGGGUUUAUACACUUGAUGACUUAAAAAACCCCUUUAGAUUGCAAAUACACCUUUUGGUACUUUUUUCCCCCUUACUCAAUUUUACAUCAUUUGUGUAAAGCAUAGCACACCUACAGUAAUGUGUGACCUCUUUGCAUAGCUGUGAUCUGACCCAAAAAAUAUGCAAGUAAAACAGAACUAAAUAUCCCACUAUCUUUUAAGAUGUUCCUUUCAAAUCUAAUUGUAUUUCCACAUCUUUAUCACUCUAACCCUCAAAAAAUAAAAAGUGCUCAGUUCUUACUGUGCCCUUAGAAGAUUUUUAUGUAAAAGAAAUUUGAAAUUUAGCCAAAAAAUAAACUUGCUCAAUAAAAGCAAGCAAACCAACAUACUUGACAAACACUUGAAGGGGGAAAAUAAAACCUAAUUGGUUUGCUCUUAGCUUGUUGAAGUAGUAAACCAUUUAGAAAACUAUUUGCUAUAAUCCCCAGUGCCUUGAACUCUUCUGGAGGAGUAACAUUAAAAUACACACAAACUAACAAGAAAACUGAGGUGCUGAAGAGAGCAAGGUAAAGUAUUUCUAGUUUGGGCAGAAAUGGAAAAAGUGACUCUUACAAGAUGGCUUCAUCUACCCUAAAUGGUUCUACCAAAGAUGUUUCGAGAAGGCUGUCUAGUCAGAAUGACGGUGAAUGCUACCUGUUUAAGAGGCUGCCCAGUUCAGAAGUGAGUAUCUCAUCAUGGGUGUCUAUAAAUACAAAGUGCAUGAUUGUUUCAAUCUCAACCUUUUCUUAGGCAGUAAAACAUGUCUUCAGCACUUAAGGAGUCAAAACCCUACCUUUGAGAACUGCCUACUGCUCAUUAAAUUUAACUUAAUACCAAAAACUGUUUUUUUGAUGAUUCCCACCUGCUACUUUUUCUCUAUUUGUAAAUAAUCCCUCCUAGACAAUAAACAUUAACUGGAUUGUUCCCAACGAUUCUGAUUUAGUAUCAACCACCUUAGCGAACUCUUCUUACAGAGAUGUAUGCAUAAGGUAAAAUAUCAGUAGCUUACAAUAUGUGUUGUUAAAAAAAAAAAAAAAGACACUGUUUACUGUUUUAAAGGAAAAUUGCACAUUAUAUUUAACGGGGUUGCUUCUUCCCCCCUUUUAAAAAAGAGUCAAGGUUCAUACUAGCUUCUAGGCCGUGGGAGCUUUGUCAUAAAUAGUUAUAAUGUAGAACUAUUUUUAAAGCAUGAAGAAAAUGACAAAAGGAACUGCAUUAUAAAGUACUAGAUAAAGGACCUUAUUUAGGAUUAUGCAAAACUCGGGACAGAUGAAAUUAUGGUUUUUCUUUCAGCCUUGUUGCUAUUGUUUUCUUCUGCAUAAAUGUAUACUCAUUUCAUUAUGUGCCUUGCUCCCUAAUUGUGGAAAGCUCUCUCUCUAUAUAUAUACACAUAAAAAAUAUAUGUAUGAAAGAGAUAUAUUCAGUACUACUGAUGAUGUUUCUGACCUACUGCUGGAUUAAGUUAUUUUCCAAGUUAUUCUUGCCAGUUAUUGUCAGUAAACUGUUGUAAUGGCUGAGGGCAGUAGUAGUACAACCAGUGUGGUUUUCCAACUACAUGUUCUCAUUAUGUCAGCUUACCCAAUCCUUAAUAAAAAAAAAACUAUACAGACACACACACACAUAUACACAGAUUCCAUUUAAACACAGGGACUUGGAGUGUUUGUGGAUCAGCACCAUUAAGACCUGGUUUUGCUUUUCAUAGGCUGUAAAAUAAGAACAAUUAAGUGUGAAGGUGUAACAGUUUGAUGUGUUUGAGUUAACUGUAAGAAUAAAUUUAUACCAACAGACUGGGGAGCUCUGGCCAUUAAAUACAUAAGUAAUAAUAGCUUAAAGAUUUUUUCUUUAAAGCACAACCAGGACAAACUAGUACAAAAAGAUACUUUUUGUUUCAGUUAUGUAUUGGACUGCCUUACCACGGUGUGUGUACUUGUGUUUACAGAUCACUUUCCCAUUUACCAAACUAGGACCAAAAGAAGGCCCUCCUUCUUUCACCAUCUGUCAGUCCUACUGGUUGUGAAAACUGCCCUUGUUUAGCUUUGGAGAAAGAAACUUACAUUAUGCAGGCAACAACAAAACAAAUGGUAAAUCCACACAAAGCAUUUCAACCAAAUGUGUGAUUCCACAGUAACCCACAAGGAGUCAAGUGAUAAGAUAAUUAAGAAAGACUGGCUGUUAAAUAUCUUUUCUGGAAGGACUAAUCCUGCUGAAAAGUUCAUUUGUAAAUAAGAGAAAACCUCUUCUUAAAAACGCUCCUUAAAAACAUAAAAAUUCAUCACCUGGGUAGUCAGUUUUCCAUAUUAUUAUCCAACAGGUAAUGACAUCCCAAAGAAAAAGGCAUUGUGAAGAUGGAGGGCAGGAAGUACGGAAGUGUUAUUCUUGGUUAUCUUGGAGACAAACUUUGUGCCACUGAAUCAAAUAUCAUUAGAAAGUUCUUUGUCAAUUUAUCAUUUCACUAAGAUCACUGAUCUGCAAUUCCCUCAUUUCAAUUUGAAAAAAUUUUGCAUUAAUGAACUAUAGAUGUAUUAGGGGAAACACAGUUCAUAAUUAUGGAGCUGCCUUGAAAAACACUUCACAGAGACCAAACUUGUUUAAGGCUCAACGUUUUAAAUAUCUGAACUCUAAGACUUGGUAAUAAAAUUCCCUACUUUAGAUCAGCAAGAGAGUCAGGGCCUAUCCUUACCACUUGGAUACCAUCUUAGAAAAAGGUUAAAUACAUAAAUAAUUUCACAAGACACUUGAAUAUACUUUGUGUGAUUUUAUUUAGGUCAAGUUCUUAGUACACAGCAAUAAUUAAUUCCAAAUACAAUUAAAAAAUUAAAAAGUGAAUGUUCCCCCACUGAUCUGGAGGUGGUGGCUUAAUGGCACACACAAACACAUUACUGGCAACAGAAUGCUCCCUCAAGUUGCCUGAAUGGUUUUUACUCAACACCACCAACUCUUACUCUGGGAGCUAAAGAGUGUAACUGGUCAGAUCACAAAUUGUUUACAUUCUUUUUGUAAACCAUUUUGUUAAGAAAAAAGGUACA